AUAGACAAAAAAACAAAGGAUAACAAGAAACACUGGCAAUGUCGUCCACGGCGAGAAAUAUGUCUGGCGGUGGUAACCGGAAGUCGAGUAGGCUGCAGCGGCGGGCUCCACCACCUCUUAAGAUAAACCCAUCCGAAGCGAAUUGGAAACUGCCUAUUCCCCUUCUAUCACCUACGGAGUCACCUCCACCGAAGCCACCAAUGGUAAUGAAGAGGGAGGAGCAACGGUGGGGAAAAGAGGUGGAGAAGCCGCCAGUUUUCAAGAAGUGGCAGCACCCGGCCGCUCCUUUUUACUACCAGCCAGCGCCGUCUUCGAAUCAGCCGUUUGCAUGGCCAAAUUAAAUAUUGGUCUCUUAAUACUAGCUAGGGCUGUCACAUACAUAUCUACUAUAUAUGCUUAAUGUGUCGAUCAUAUGGGUAUAACGUAUACACAUCUAAAUAUUUUAAUGGUUAUGUAGCAUGUAAACUAGUAUUUUAUCUUCAAUGCAAGAUGUAUGUUGGGUUUUAUGUUUUCUCUUCGUAAACUGACUAGUAUAUAGGAUCGAACACGUGAAAUCCAAGGUGGAAUUAUGGGGGAAAACAUAAUAUAUAGUACAAGAUUCUGUGAUAAUCGUGUAAUUUCUUUUAAUCCAUUUUUAUCACAAAAU